GGGGACGUGGCAGCGGCUCAAGCGGGCGGAGCCGCUGCGGCCGGGAGGAGGCGGAGCCGCCGGGAGGAGGCGCCGAGCGGGCCGGGGCCGCCGCGGGAGGUUCUGGAAACGCCGGGCGCGGCGCGUGUCCAGCCAGCUGCGGAAACCUGUGAUUCCUACUAACUCACCCAACCAACGGACCCUUCAGUGUCAGAAACCGUAAGGAGCUGCUGGCCCGGGGCGCAGACCGGCUGGACUGGAAGACUGGGAAGCCCAGGCCCAGAGCCGUGUGUGCCUGUCACUGAACACCUUGCAGACACUACCCUUUGUGACCAUGGAACCCCAGGUGUCCGUGUUGCUUGUGGCCUGGUUUGGUGUCCUGAGCUGUGUGCAGGCUGAAUUCUUCACCUCUAUCGGGCACAUGACAGACCUGAUCUACGCAGAAAAGGACCUGGUCCAGUCCCUGAAGGAGUACAUCCUGGUGGAGGAAGCCAAGCUCUCCAAGAUUAAGAGCUGGGCCAGCAAAAUGGAAGCCCUGACCAGCAAGUCGGCUGCUGACCCUGAGGGCUACCUGGCCCACCCUGUGAAUGCCUACAAACUGGUGAAGAGGCUGAACACAGAGUGGUCCACGCUAGAGGACCUUGUCCUGCAGGACUCCGCUGCAGGUUUUAUUGCCAACCUCUCUGUUCAGCGGCAGUUCUUCCCCACUGACGAGGACGAAACAGGCGCUGCCAAGGCCCUGAUGAGGCUUCAGGACACGUACAAGCUGGACCCAGACACGAUUUCCAAAGGGGAGCUCCCAGGAACCAAGUACCAGGCGGUGAUGAGUGCAGACGACUGCUUUGGCAUGGGCCGCUCGGCCUACAACGAGGGUGACUAUUACCACACGGUGCUGUGGAUGGAGCAGGUGCUGAAGCAGCUGGACGCUGGGGAGGAGGCCGUCACCACCAAGGCCCAAGUGCUGGACUACCUGAGCUACGCCGUCUUCCAGCUGGGCGACCUGCGCCGCGCCCUGGAGCUCACCCGCCGCCUGCUCUCCCUGGACCCGAGCCAUGACCGAGCUGGAGGGAACCUGCGCUAUUUUGAACAGCUGCUGGAGGAAGAAAGAGGAAAAACGGCAUCAAAUCAGACAGCAGCUGGACAGGCGCCCCAGGACGGCGUCUACGAGAGGCCUGCGGACUACCUGCCCGAGAGGGACGUCUACGAGAGCCUCUGCCGGGGGGAGGGUGUCAAACUGACACCCAAGAGGCAGAAGAGGCUCUUCUGUAGGUACCACGAUGGCAACAGGACGCCCCAGCUGCUCAUCGCCCCCUUCAAAGAGGAGGACGAGUGGGACAGCCCGCACAUCGUCCGGUACUACGACGUCAUGUCUGACGAGGAAAUCCAGAGGAUCAAGGACAUCGCAAAGCCCAAACUCGCACGAGCCACUGUUCGUGAUCCCAAGACCGGCGUCCUCACUGUGGCCAGCUACAGGGUUUCCAAAAGCUCCUGGCUGGAGGAGGACGAUGAUCCCGUGGUGGCUCGAGUGAACCGUCGGAUGGAGCACAUCACAGGGCUAACAGUAAAGACUGCAGAGUUGUUGCAGGUUGCUAAUUACGGAAUGGGAGGACAGUACGAGCCACACUUUGACUUCUCUAGGAACGAUGAGCAAGAUGUUUUCAAGCAUUUAGGGACGGGGAACCGUGUGGCCACAUUCUUAAACUACAUGAGCGACGUAGAAGCUGGUGGCGCCACUGUCUUCCCUGAUCUGGGGGCUGCCAUUUGGCCUAAGAAGGGCACAGCAGUAUUCUGGUACAACCUCUUGCGGAGUGGGGAAGGUGACUACCGAACGAGACACGCUGCCUGCCCCGUGCUUGUGGGCUGCAAGUGGGUUUCCAACAAGUGGUUCCAUGAACGAGGACAGGAGUUCCUGAGGCCAUGUGGAUCAACAGAAGUUGACUGACAUCCUUUUCUGCCCAUCCUCUUCCUGGUCCCACAGCCUUUUGUCUUCAAGUUCAACGUGACAAACACCUUUGUGUGUUCCAGCCCCUGUCAGGCGGGUCUUUGGAGAAGUGAGUUUGUCUGGAGCAGACCAAGAGGAUAGGGGAAGGUCCUGGGUGGCCUCGGGCCCCAGCCUUUCUGGUCAGCCUGUUCCAUCUCGGGUCAGCGCGGCUGCAGCAGAGUCAGGCUGCCUGGCGCCUCGCAAGGUGCCUUUGUACCUCAGAUGCUUUAGGUGUGAGAUGUCUCAGUGAACCAAAGUUCUGGUACCUUGUUUACAUGUUUGUUCUUAUGCAUUUCUAUUAAUGUGGCUUUAACUAACUAAAUAAAUAAAAAUGUCCCUGCCAGAAGCCUUAAA